AUGGAGAAGCCCCUCCUCAUGCCCCACCUCUUGCCCCACCUCUUGCCCCUCCUCGUGCCCCUCCUCGUGCCCCUCCUCGUGCCCCUCCUCGUGCCCCACCUCGUGCCCCUUCUCAUGCCCCACCUCUUGCCCCACCUCUUGCCCCUCCUCGUGCCCCUCCUCGUGCCCCUCCUCGUGCCCCUCCUCGUGCCCCACCUCGUGCCCCUUCUCAUGCCCCUCCUCGUGCCCCACCUCUUGCCCCUUCUCAUGCCCCUCCUCAUGCCCCUUCUCACGCCCCUCCUCGUGCCCCUCAUGCCCCUCCUCGUGCCCCUCCUCGUGCCCCUCCUCGUGCCCCUCCUCGUGCCCCACCUCUUGCCCCUUCUCAUGCCCCUCCUCAUGCCCCUUCUCACGCCCCUCCUCGUGCCCCUCAUGCCCCUCCUCGUGCCCCACCUCGUGCCCCUCCUCUUGCCCCACCUCGUGCCCCUCCCUGUCUUUGAACACGACACAAAAGACGUCUUUAAACCACACCACAGUCGUGAUAUAAACCAGGUGUCUCUUCAGUCAGACUUUAUGGUUCUGGAGUGA